AUGGCAUAUGUGGAAGUAGGACAGACAUUCGUCAAGUUUUUCUACGAGACAUUUGACAGCAACCGUGCAAAUCUGUCGCCACUCUACACUAAUGAGUCCACACUCACCUUUGAAGGCCAGCAGUUCAAGGGCAACGAGGAAGUGAUGAAGAAAAUAGUCAACCUGCCCAUCAAAGUAGUUCAACAUGUCAUCACCACAUGUGACUGUCAGCCCUUGGCCAAUGCCAUUGUUAUUCAUGUAUUAGGGCAACAGAAAUCAGAUGAUGAUAUGCCGCUCCCUUUCUCCGAGACAUUUGUGCUCGCUCCAACCCCAGAAGGAAGUUUCUUUGUAAUGAAUGAGAUUUACAGACUUGGCGUGCAUAACGGCUAA